GAGGAUGAGGUACAGACGUUAAUGGGAAAGCUUCAUGACAAUGGAAAGGGUGGAUGGCUGGAGAUUAUAUCAAUCAUCGGCCGUGGUGGAGGCGGCAAAUCCACGUUGGCCAGAGAAAUGUAUGAUCAUCCUUUGACGUCGCAAAAGUUUGAAAUUCGUGCAUGAUCAUGAGCUAAUGUUUCUCAAGACUAUCACAAGACCAUGAAGAGGGAUUUGUUGAUUAGUAUUCUGGAAUCAGCUUCCCCAGGAAAACAUGAAGAUUACGGGGAGAGUGGUGAGGAUAAAUUGGGAGAAAUGGUAUAUAAAUGCUUGCAAGGUAGAAAAUAUCUCAUUGUCAUGGAUGACAUAUGGGACAUUGAGGCUUGGAAUGAUAUCCAAAGAUCAUUCCCUAAGGAAUGCAAGGGGAGUAAAGUGAUGUUAACUAGUCAAUUACCUGUUCAACCAGCUAGCGUCCCCUGCGUCCCUCAUUGUUUGAAUCCCUUACCAAAAAGUUGCACUUGGGAGUUAUUACAAAAGAAGGUAUUCGGGAAGAAACAAUGCCCACCAGAGUUGGUGGACAUUGGUGAGCAAAUCGCCAAAAAACGUAAAGGACUACCACUCGCGGUUGUUGCAAUAGCUGGCAUUUUGGCAACGGAAGACAAGACACUUGACGUGUGGGAGAAAGUUGCAAAAAAUUUAAGUUCAAUCAUUGCAAAAAAUCAAGAGGGUUGCAUGGAGAUACUAGAACUUAGUUACAAUCACCUGCCUCUUCAUUUAAAAGCUUGUUUUCUUUACAUUGGAGGACACCCCGAAGAUUUUGAAAUACCCGUAUGCGAGUUGAUAUGGUUAUAGAUUGCAGAGGGAUUUAUUCAGCAAAGUGAUGGGGGAAAAAGCUUGGAGGCCGUAGCACAAGAUUACUUGAUCAGUCUUA